CAAAGAGACGCUUAAAUCCUCAGACUCCGUCAACCAGGCGACCAUUGUUUCCUCGCAUGCAACCGCACAGCGGAGGAGGAAGGGGCAAAAAAUAUAUAUAUAGUCCAACAGACACGAAAAGGACUUUUCGUAUUAUUAGUACACAUUUAGAUUUAAGCAAUGGCUUCGGCUGGGAAUAAUGGCUCCGUUGGCAAGUGGGAAGUCGUAAAGAAAAGCAAAAAACCCAACGGUGGAAAGAAUCCAUCUGACAAGAAAUCGGGUGGAAGGAAAGCUCUGAGCGAGUCUAACCUCCCCAGGAUUGACCCGGCUCCGCCACUGAAGAUGUCGGAGACUAUCUACGAGGGCUUCGAGAAGAUUGCCAAGAAGCAGAACAAGGAGCAGGUUCCCCCGACGACAGGCCCGGAGCCUCCCGUCAAAAAGGCCAAUGCCGCAAAACAGCAGAAGAAGUCCCCCGCUAACGCCGGCUCCCAGGGCCCCGUCCAGUUCAAAACGCUGGAGGAAGCAGUGAAGGCGUUGGAUAUCUCAGAACUGCAGGAGCAGCUGGAGAUGAGCCAGAGCCUGUUCCCGGAGAACCCCUCUGUGUGGGUGAAGGACCUGGCCGGGUACCUCAACUACAAGCUGCAGGCCCCUGAGGGGGACCCCACACUCAGCAGCCACAGCUACGAUUACCCAUACUGCCUGACCAGUAAGGAGCUGAGAGGCAUCAUUAAGGGCCUGCUGGUGAAGUGCAGUGCCACCCUGCAGGACUUCUUUGACCACUGCAUCUACACCAUGCUGCGCGAGCUGGACAAGGCGUCUGGGGAGCCUCUGCACGGCUACAGGAUCUGCAUUCAGGCCGUCAUGCUGGACAAGCCCAAAAUAGCUACCCUCAACCUCGGAGAGCACCUGGAGCUGCUCCGGUCCCAUCAGAACCGGCCGGUGAAGUGCCUGACCAUCAUGUGGGCUCUGGGCCAGGUGGGCUUCUGUGACCUUAGCCAGGGCCUGAGAGUGUGGCUUGGCAUCAUGCUGCCGGUGCUGGGAAUGAGGUCUCUGUCAUCUUAUGCCAUCGCUUACCUGGAGAGGCUGCUCAUGUUGCACGCUAAUUUGACGAAAGGCUUCGGUAUCAUGGGACCAAAGGAGUUUUUCCCGCUGCUGGACUUCGCCUUCAUGCCUAAAAAUGCACUUUCACCCAGCCUGCAGGACCAGCUCAGGCGGCUCUACCCGAGGCUGAAGGUUCUGGCGUUCGGCGCCAAACCCGAGGCCACCCUCCACACCUACUUCCCCUCUUUCCUGUCCCGAGCCACGCCCCACUGCCCCGACGACAUGAAGAGAGAGCUGCUGAACAGCAUGACUGAGUGCCUCUCAGUGGACCCUCAGAGCCUGGGAGUGUGGAGACAGCUGUAUACCAAACACCUGCCCCAGUCCAGCCUGCUGCUAAAUAAUAUACUGAAGUCCUGGAACACUUUACCCCCAAAGCUGCGCAGAAAUCUUCAGGAGACGGUCCAGUCGUUUAAAGUCACCAAUGAGGAGAUGAUGUCAUCGGCCAGCUCUCCGGAGGUUUUGGAGUGCAAUGAAUUGUGCAAUAACCUGCAGCAGAAGAUGAAGGGGCGGGGCUUCCCCUGGUCCCGCCUCCUGAUGGCCAUGUUGGUUUUUGCCACCGGCUUUCUCGUUCACGAUGUCCGGUCCAACGGCUCAUUCAAAGCCUCCACCACAGCGAGGUACCUGGAGCAGUCGGGGCUGGAGUCCAUAUCCCAGCAUGCCUGGAGCAAAGUCUCCCACUACUCCCAGGAAGGAAUCAGCUGGCUGGAGACGAACGCUCCGUAUUACUACGCCGAGGCUGCGACCACCGUCGGGCCCAUGCUGGACGUCGCUUGGGAACGGACGAAGAUCGCGGCAGUCUUCGUCACAGAGCAGUGUUCCGACACGAUCGUGUGGGUUAGAGAGAACGUGCCGCGGUUCAUCGAAUGGGUAAGGGGAGACGACGCCAGCCGUGGGAAUCGUGUCGCGCCGCUGACCGAACGGAUUUCAUACCGGCACGUUCUUUCUUCGUUCUCCUUCUUUCAGGUCGUUGCCAACAUCCCAGACAGUGUGUUCCAGUUCCUGGAGUAUCUGAAGGAGCUUCUGCUCUUCAUCCAUCAGAACUAUCUCCUGCCGUCUCUGGCAUACGUUAAAGUUUCGUUGGAACACGUGUGGCACAUGUUUGUAGAGUCCUGCGAUGGUGAAGUGACGUUACAUUGUGUGCAGAACCACGUGAUAUCCAUCUCCAACUCCACCUGGAUAUACAUGCAGGACACCACCAUGGCCAUUAAGAACUGGGCCGUGGAGUUGGUGUCCAACUCGUGAGGAGGGUGUUGCUCAGAGACUGCUUGUGUUCGCCCCAACCAGGGACCUGCGCUUUUUAAACCGUCUAAUCCGCAUCAAGAAGGACUUUUUCUCUGAAAGAUGGAACAGACACUUAAGACUUUUUUUUUUUUUUUUUUUUCUUUGUCAAAUUGCAUGACAUUUUAUAUCACAAUUGUUUUUCUACAGAAAAAUUCUAUCAUGUAUGGGUGCACAGGUGUUUUCCUGUUUUUGUUGUUGUUUCUUUUUUCUUUUCUUUUUUUUACAGAGGUAUUCAGGUAACCAGUGUUAUUUCAGAAUUAAUUGUCAUGUGGGAACAAACUUGGACAGCUUCCAGUGGUUCUGAAGAUAUUUAAGUGUAAUCUGCAAAAAAACAAAAAAAACAAACCAGGCUCACUGAAGCCAAUCACUUUGGUAGGUGUGUCUGAGUUUGUGCCUGACUGAAAUGCUAAGGCUCUAGCACACAGGUGUCAAACUCCAGUCCUGGAGGGCCGCAGUGUCUGCUGGUUUUCGGGUUGUUCCCGGCACCUGUGGUUCAUUUAAGUCUUUAAUUGGCUAAAGAAUCCACACACCUUGUUCUCAAGGCCUUAAUUGACAGCUGAUUGAAAGGCAACCACAAAGACCCGCAGACACUGCGGCCACCUGGGAAUUCAGUUUGACACCCCUGCUCUAGCAGCAGACUGUUCAGGUGUGUCUUAGUUUGUGCCUGACUGAAAUUAGAAGGCUCUAGCAGACUGUUAAAGCUUGCCGUCCUGGAUCAAGUCUCGCGCUUCAGCUAUAUGAGCCAUGCAAAAUCGGAAGGUGGACACUUCCUUUGUGCCUAGCUUCAAAUCCAAUUUCCUUAAUUCUUUUACUUUUCUUUCUUUUAGAAAAUGAUAAUAACAUUUAUAAAUAAUGUGUUUGUGUAUGCCUGUCGUGAAAGAGCACUGGACUAUGGACUACUACUGCUGCUUAAUAUUAGAGACCCAUUUUUACUUGAACAUCAGCCGUUUUCUGAUGUGGGGUGAAUUGACCUACCUCCUUUGCGGAUUAGAUCUAGGCUUGAUUCUCCUCUCCUAGGUCCGCUGCAUAAAGUUCAUUGACCAUACCUGACCCCUGACCUUUGACCCCCCUCCCCUGAUCUGCUAUGGCAUGCAGUUUCCGAGGAGAGGAGAGGAGAGGAGAGGUGUGUGUGGAACCCAGAGCAGUGCAAGAGACUAUUUUUAAGUUUCAGCCCUGUUGAGAGAAGGCUGAGUGUGUAAGAUGCUCUGGUCAAAACCAAUAAAGUAAAAUUCUAAAGAUCAGCCUGAACGGUGAGCCAAUUUGUGACAUUGUACAUGUAAGAUGUUUAUAAAUAAAAACUGUUGAGCCUGAA